AUGCGGAACAUGAGGAACACUCUAUCUACUCUACAUUCUCUGAUAACGAGGCCAGAAGGAAACCCUCCAGCUUCUCAGUCUUCUGUUGCUGCCUUGCCUGCUGUCGUCGUGCUCUUGGAAGAUGUGGAGAGUGGGGCUGCAUGCUGUACCGUGUGCAAUGAAGUAGCGGAAGUAGGAGAGGAGGUGGUGAGGCUGCCAUGCAGGCACCUGUACCAUGGGGCGUGCAUCAGGCAGUGGCUUGGCGUGCGGAACAUGUGUCCCAUGUGCCGGUUUGAGCUGCCCACGGAUGACAUUGGGAAGGCAGCGCAGGCCUGUGUUUUCCACAUGCAGCUGGUGGAGGCAUGCAAGCUGGGUGAGGGAAGCGGGCAGGUGGUGCAGAGCGGGGCAGUCAAAGAGGUGCAGCUGGCGCAGGCGGGAUGCAGCGCCAAUGCUGUCCGGCAGCUCCCUCAAUUCCCGCGCACAGUGGAUCUGCAGAACCCUCAGCUGCGGCACAGCCCAUCCCAUGUCGCUUGGAAGCCGCUGCAUCUUCCCCGCGUUCCACAUGACCAGCGUGUGCAGCUGGGGGAGCAGCGCAAGGGACAAGGGCAGCUCCACAGCCUCCUCCUGCAGCGCCACCUCCACCUGCUUCACGCGCGCCAAGCUGCUGCCCACAGCCAUCCUCUCCUCCGCACCAACCAGCUUCAAGGAGAGCUUUCUCAGCCAAGGCAGCACGGAGACGUCUGGCAGAUCAGCCACGUGAGUUUGGAGCGUAGUGAGGCGGCAAAAAGCUUCGGGCAGCUGGAGGGGCGCAUGGCUGGUGGAACCGCAUUGGAUGAGCAGGAAUGUCUCGAGAGAGGGCAGGUGGCAGAGGGAGUCUGGUAG